AUGGCUUGUGCUAUUCACCUACUUGCCCUCUUCACAUUGAUACAACUCUAUUCAUUAGGUCCAUCUACUUCCCAUGCCCAUGGCCAUGCCCAUGGUAACGCCACUGCUUCUUCCGUCUGCCGUCCGGACCAAGCUGCAGCACUUCUCCAACUAAAGCAGUCCUUCAUCUUCGACUACUCCACCACCACACUGCCGUCGUGGGAGCCUGGUACUGACUGCUGUCAGUGGGAGGGCGUCGGCUGUGAUGAUGGCGUAUCUGAUGGCGGCGGCGGUGUCACUGUUCUUGACCUCCGUGGCUGUAGCUUCUACAGCUACGGCUUGCAUGCCGCGGUCUUCAAUCUCACCUCCCUGCGAUACCUCGACCUCAGCAUGAACGAUUUUGGUGGAACUCGCAUUCCAGCAGCUGGCUUCGAGAAGCUAACAAAGCUUACUCACCUCAAACUUUCAUGUUCAGGCUUGUACGGUCAGAUUCCUAUCGCCAUUGGCAAACUCACAAACCUCGUAACACUGGAUUUUUCUGAUGAGCAUAAUAUUGAUGUUUCGUAUACAAGCCCGAGUUACUCUGCUUUCUUGAGUGGCUAUAACAAGCUGCUGCUACGAGGGCCCAGCCUUGAGACCUUACUGGCAAACCUCACCAACCUGAGGGAGUUGUACCUUGACGGAGUGGACAUAUCAAGUAGUGGAGAAGAGUGGUGCAAUGGUCUAGGUAAGGUUGUCCCCUAUCUUCAGGUUCUUAGCAUGGCAGAUUGUCACCUCCAAGGUCCAAUACACUCCUCUCUGUCAAAUCUCCGAUCCCUUACCACGGUCAACGUUCAUGACAAUGAGAUUUCUGGUGUGGUGCCUGAAUUCUUCGCAGACUUUCUCAAUUUAAGUGUUCUUCAACUUGCGGACAACAGUUUCAGUGGUUGGUUUCCUCAGACAAUAUUUCAACUCAAGAAUAUAAGAGUGCUUGAUGUGUCAGGCAACAGUCAACUCUCGGGACAUUUACCAGAAUUUCCAAAUGGGUCUUCUUUCGAGACUUUGAAUCUACAGUCUACUAAUUUCUCUGGUAUCAAGAUGAGUUCAUUUAGCAACAUCCUGUCUCUGAGGGAGCUAGGUUUUGAUGGAAGGUCAAUUUUUGUGGACCAUACGGAUUUACUGUUCAACAAGCUCAACUCUUUGCAAAACUUGCAGCUCCCUUUUGCACAAUUUUCUGGGGAGUUAAGGCCAUUUUUCUUGUGGAUUAGUAGCCUUAAGAAUUUGACAAGCUUAGGACUCUCACAAUUUUCUUGGGGGUUAGGGCCAUUUUUCUCAUGUAUUAGUAGCCUCAAGAACUUGGCAAGCUUACAACUGUACGAUUGCUCUUCAUCCAAUAUAAUUCCCACCAUGAUUGGCAACCUCACCAACUUGAAAAUUUUGGAAAUAAGAUUUGGAUUCACUGGACAAAUACCGCCAUCAAUUGGCAACCUCAACAAGUUGACUUCCUUGACAAUCUCUGCUUGUGGCUUCUCAGGGGCAGUGCCAUCUUCAAUCGCCAAUCUCACUAAACUAAGAUCCAUGGAAAUCUCUGAGAAUAGUUUAUCAGGUCAAAUACCAACAUAUAUUGGACAUCUCAGCCAGUUGAUGUUAUUAACCUUAGCGGGCUGCAGGUUUUCUGGAAAAAUACCAAGUGUAAUUACCAAUUUGACUCAGUUGAUAUAUGUGGAUCUGUCGGAAAAUAACCUUAGAGGAGAGAUUCCAACAUCUCUAUUCGCUUCUCCAGCAAUGUUUUGGUUGGAUCUUUCAUCAAACCAACUUUCUGGAUCGAUCAAAGAAUUUGGUGGACUAAAAAAUCUUAUGUUACUGGAUCUUAGCUCAAACAACUUAACAAGUUCAGUACAUUUGAGCUCACUUUGGAAAUUAAGAAAGCUUGAUUACUUGGGUCUCUCGAAAAACAGGUUGUCCAUUUUGGAUGGAGAAGGCAGUAAACCCACGGUACCAUUACUCCCUAAACUCUUGAUAGUAGGGUUUGCGUCUUGCAACAUGACAACAAUUCCUAGAUUCUUGAUGCAUGUUAAUCAUAUCCAAAUGUUAGACCUUUCGAGCAACAAAAUACAUGGGAGUAUACCCAAAUGGUUAUGGCAGAGAUGGGAUGAUAGCCUUACAAGUCUAAAUCUUUCACACAACAUAUUCAAAGAUAUGCAACUUACUUCAUAUGUUCUCCCAUACAAUUAUUUGGAAUCUCUUGACCUAAGUUCCAAUAUGCUGCAUGGCCAGAUACCAAUGCCAAACCUGUUGACAACAGCUAACACCUACCCUAUAUUCUUGGAUUAUUCAAACAACAGAUUUUCUUCUGUUAUGUCUAACUUCACUACUUACCUUCGCCAAACUAGCUAUCUCAAAUUGUCACGAAAUAACAUAAGUGGGCAUAUACCCCAUUCAGUUUGCGACUUAAGCAACCUCGAAGUCCUUGACCUGUCAUAUAACAACUUCAGUGGCAUACUACCAUCUUGUCUGGUAGAAGAGAGCAAUUUGGGUGUAUUAAAUUUGAGGGAAAAUCACCUGGAGGGAACAUUGCCUUACCGUGUUGGUAAGCACUGUAAUCUGAAGACAAUUGAUGUACAUGGCAAUAAAAUUCAAGGGCAGCUGCCUAGGUCUCUUUCCAACUGUGCUGCCUUGGAGGUUCUAGACAUUGGAAACAAUCAUAUCGUUGAUACUUUCCCAUCUUGGUUGGGCAGGCUUUCUGAUCUUCGUAUCGUCGUUCUGGGAUCCAACCUAUUCUAUGGCUCGCUUACUUAUCCUAAAAGAGAUAGAAAAUCCAGGGAAUACUUCUCAAAGUUACAAAUCAUUGAUAUAGCCUCAAACAAUUUCUCUGGCAAUUUGGAUCCACAAUGGUUUGGGAGGUUCACAUCUAUGAUGGCAAAUUCCAGUGAGACGGGCAAUAUCUUAGGCAAUCAGAUAUAUUACGGAGACUACCAUGAUACUAUUGCAAUCACAUACAAAGGUCAAUAUGUGACUUUUGAAGAAGUCUUGACUACCUUAACCGCAAUUGACUUCUCAAAUAAUGCAUUGGAGGGUGACAUUCCGGAAUCAGUUGCAAGUCUAGUUUCACUACACAUAUUGAACAUGUCGCAUAAUGCAUUUACAGGAAGGAUUCCACCACAAAUUGGUGAGAUGCGUCAACUGGAAUCGCUUGACUUAUCAUGGAACAAGCUUUCUGGAGAGAUUCCACAAGAGCUAACAAAUUUAACAUUUCUUAGCACACUGAACUUGUCUGGAAAUAGGCUGGAUGGAAGGAUACCACAGUCACGUCAGUUUGCAACAUUUGAGAACACUUCAUAUGAAGGGAAUGCAGAGCUUUGUGGACCACCUUUGUGCAAACCAUGUGGUAAUUCAAGUAACCCAAAUGAGGCACAAGUAAGCAUAUCCAAAGAUCAUGUUGAUGUCAUUUUGUUUCUCUUUGCUGGGGUGGGCUUUGGCGUUGGAUUCGCGGCAGGUAUUCUGUUGAAAUGGGGUAAAAUCCGCAAAUGGUUCCGGGUUGUGUGA